AUGCUCAGCCCACGCGCACUCUCGGACCUCGACCUCCCAGUCCCCGCGCCGUUCCCCCCGCGCUCCAUUCCCCUCCCCGGGCCCCCUCGCAGCGCCCUCGCCGACGAUGAUCACAUGAGCGUCUACAACGAAGACGACGAGGCGCUGGCGACGACCCGCAUCCCCCCGCUCCCGCCGGCGCCCAUGCUCAAGGACCUCGACUCGUUCAGCCAGGGCAGCGCCAUCGGCUCCUUCGACGCCAUGGACUACGUCCAGCCCGGCCAGGCCGAGGACAGCUACCAGUACGACAACGGGUACACGACGUACACGUACCCCGGCCCGGUGGACCCGGUCGACGUCGAGCGAUGGCGCAUCGGCGUCAUGCAGGUCGACCUCCACGGCCGCCGCCCGCUGCCCACUCCCCCGCCCGAGUCGGGCGACCGCGCCGCGAAGCGUCGUCGCGUUUCCGAGCUCCCCAGGGCCCACGACCACCGGCAGUUCAUCGUCGCGCCCGCCGCGCGUCAAGGCAGCUUGCAGCCCGACGUCGAGCGCCAGGCGCAGGCGCUCAAGAUCGAGCUCAAGGCGCGGCAGCCGGCGCUGGUCCGCGCCGCGAGCGCGCCGCCUGUGCUGGGGCGGUAG